GAGAAGGAAGGAGCGCAUACCAAAGAGCUCAACAGUGUGUGUCGUGUCCGAAUGCUUUCAACUCGUAGAAUCUUAGCUCUAACGAAAGAGGCAAAGGAUUUGUUUUUGUCGCUCCAAGCUCGAUUCCUCUCUACAGAAUACUAUGACCCACCAUUCUCCCCUCUCUCCAAACCCUCUAAACCGAAGAAGACGAAGACGAAGAAACCACCCCAGCAAGACCAGUCGUCGGAGCCACCGGUGAAUAACCCACCGGCGCCGGCGACUUCAGACCUCCCUUUCGAUUUCAGGUAUUCCUAUUCAGAAACCAACCCCGCAAUCGAACCGAUCGGAUUCCGCGAACCGAAACGGUUUUCUCCAUUCGGACCGGGUCGAUUGGACCGGAACUGGACUGGCACUUGCGCUCCUGCUUCUCCUGAGAGUGAUGAUCAGAGGCGAUGGGCGGAGGAGAGAGUGAAGAUUCUCGGCGAGGCGUUAACGGAGGAGGAGGUGAAUGAGCUCGUUGAACGGUAUCGUCACAGUGAUUGUUCACGCCAGAUCAAUCUUGGGAAAGGAGGAGUCACUCACAAUAUGAUAGGUGACAUUCAUAACCAUUGGAAGAAAGCUGAGGCUGUGAGGAUUAAAUGUUUGGGAGUGCCUACUCUUGACAUGGACAACAUUUGUCACCACCUCGAGGAAAAAUCUGGUGGGAAGAUUGUGUACAGGAACAUAAACAUACUAGUUUUGUACCGGGGAAGGAACUAUGAUCCGAAGAAUCGUCCCAUCAUACCACUCAUGUUGUGGAAGCCUUACCCACCAAUAUAUCCAAGACUUGUUAAGAAUGUUGCAGAUGGUUUGACAUUUGAAGAGACCAAAGAGAUGAGAAACCGUGGGCUUCACACUCCUGCUCUUAUGAAACUUACUAGGAACGGUGUCUACGUUAAUGUCGUGGGGAGAGUGAGGGAGGAGUUUGAAACAGAAGAAGUUGUGCGACUAGAUUGCACUCAUGUUGGGAUGAGUGAUUGCAAACGGAUCGGUGUGAAGCUAAAGGAUUUGGUGCCAUGUGUUCCUAUUUUGUUUAAAGAUGAGCAGAUCAUACUCUGGAGAGGGAAGAAGAAUUGAGAUGAAAGAGGAUGAAACUUUUUAUCAUGAAACUAUAAUAAUGUGACCUGGACAAAAUCCAACUGUGAAAAUUUGAUCCUGAAACAGUGAUCAUGUGAUCUGAUUAUAUAUUUUCUUGUAAAAACAGUUUUGUGUCUUUCAACUUAUAUGAUUAGAAGAAUGAGCACAGCUCCGGAAGUGUUUUUUUUUCCUG